UGUAGCCAAACUGCCGCGCUGAACAAGUCAGUCACACGACCAAAAUGGCAGCCCUGAAAAUCUAUCCAUGUGUUGUGAUAUUUGUGUUUUGUUGACUUUCUGCCCACUGCAGACACCUUCCCAAUUCCAUUCUCAACCAAGUCCGCCUGACCUGCGUUCCAUUGGUCAGUUUGCCAUACUGUAUAUGUCCUGGAAUUAGCCAUUGGUGGCACUGAGGCGUUGAGGAUGCCCGGGUUCGAGUUGAACUUGAUAGUCAAAACUUUGGCUCAGCCGGCUUUGAAAGACUGCCUGAAGUCGCUCACCACUCACAUUCUGGAUCGAGGCGGAAUCGUGCGUCAAAUCGAGUUCUUGGGCCAUCGACAAUGCCCCAAAAAGCUCUUCAGCAACGGGGAUCUCUUUAGUCACGCCAAUUAUUUCAUCCUGAAUUGCGAUAUCCAAGAGAAAUUUGUCUUUGAGCUAGCGGAUGAAUUCGCUCGAAAUCAAAAUGUGUUGCGGAAGUCGUUCAUCGAAAUUCGUCCUCGUGAGCCCGUGGAAUGUACCCUUCAAGAAGAGCUUCAAAUCCCCAGUCACCGACCUUCGGUUCAGAAAAUGAUUUAUCAAGGCCGGCAAUUACCCAAGUUCAAACAGAUAUGGGAUUCCAAGACUGGUUUGGAUUUCUAUCCGUUUCAUAAGUAGAUAUUUGGCGGGAGGAAUCAAGAUAUAGUGACGGAUUAGACUUAUACAUCCAGACCAAUUGAAAUCGUUCCAAUUUCAUUUUGGGGAACAAUGUAAAUAAUAAGAAGUGCGAGUGAUAA